AUGAGUGGUGUGAUGUGACCACUGACGGAAUUCGGAUCGAUUGAACUUUGCACAAGUACCCACACGGGAACCACGCUGCUUUUUGGUUCAUGCGUCAGAUAAGGCGACAGUCGUUGCCCACUCGGUGUUUGAUGAUUGCGUGUAAUCGGCUCACCGUUCGGUAAUAGACAAUAGACUUUGAACGGUAUUGUUCAUUUUCUCUGUUCAGUAAUUCGGCUCUCAAAGUGUACCGCGCGGUCGGACGCGCAUAGAAAGUGGAGAAACUUCGUAACCAGGAAUAGUGGCAUCCUACGCCAGGAGACGCUCAAUCAAGAUUAUAGGAAUGGUGCCAAAAUGGAUUUUUGCAAUCCUCGGAUUUCUUUGCUACGUCUCAGCAGCGGAGACAGAUGAAUUAGGCUCAGUUAUAACAUGGUCUGAAUUAGAAUAUGAAGAUGCUUGUGGAAAAGCUGCCAAUGCCACGUGGGAAUUUCUCGAAACCCCUACAAAUGAGACUCUUGACCUUUGGGAAGCUGCACAACAACAAUACAACUAUUUAACGCAAUAUGAGAGAAACAUAACAAUUGAGGCCAUCAGUGGGAUGGACACUUCCCAUUACAGAUUAAAAAUAAAACAACUCGAAAAACCAGGAGACGCCAUGUUAAACGAGGAAGAUUGGGAAAAUUUUAUCCACUUUGCUGGAACUGCAGAGUUGAUGAGAAGCUAUCCAGAAGAUUCGAGGGCUACAUCUCGAGAGGGAAUGGAGCACUUAUUGUCGCAAAGUAAAGAAGCAAAUGAAAAAUUGAGCCUCUGGUCUAGUUGGCACAAUCAAUUGGCACAUCUGCAAACCAAUUUUUCACAAAUUCUGCCUCUUGUGAAGGAAGCUGCCAAAUUAAAUGGAGAGAAUGAUCCUCAGGCUUACUGGGAAAUGUUAUCUGACUAUCCAGAAGGUUACACAAAUUUAAAAUCUUUAUGGGACGAAAUUUCUGCUUUACACAAGAAGCUCGUAAAUUUUAUUGCUCUUCGUUUGGCUACGAAGUAUAAAAUUCCCUUGAAUAAUACUGUUCCAGCACAUUUAUUGGGCUCGCUGCAAGGCAAAGAAUGGACCAACUUAAUAGCUGAUGUAAUAGAACAUACUGAUACAAUUUUCGAAAUAAAGGAAUAUAUGUGGGAAAAGAACUUAAUAGGAAGUAAUUUGUACAAAGAAGCAUCGAAACUGGGUAUGGCAAUGAUGAAGCAAGCUCCAGAGGCUGAUUUUUGGGAGAAUAGUGAGUUCAACAAAACGUGCCCAUCACGCCUGAUUAAUUCUUGCAAAGAGGGGAAAAUGAGAGUCUUUUCCUGUUAUGAAGCCUCGAUAUCUAAUUACAUAGCAGCCCAUAAAAAUGUUGGAAAAUUGUUGUUCAACCAAUUGACAGUAAGACGAGGCUAUCCCAUUUUAGAAGUUUCCAAUCGAUACUCUGUUUUAGAGGAAAGCUUUGCUGAGUAUUUUGGUCUGAUGGCCAUGAGUCCAGCAUGGUUGGGUUCAGUUGGAUUGGUACAGAGAGAGAAGUGGGAAUCAGAUGAUGCGUUCAAAGAAAAAAUUAGAUUAGUAUCAGUAAUGAUUUCUGCCCUCGAUAUUUUGCCCCGACUGGCAUAUUAUAUUUCCGCUGAUUUGUGGAGAUUAAAUGUUUUAAAGAAGGAAAUAACUGAUCCAAAAGAAUUGACUGAAUCUUGGUGGAAGCACAGAUUACAAUACGAGGCUGUGACAUCUAUCUCUCAAGAAAUCCCAUCAUAUUUAGAUGAUGAUCUUAUCACAAGAAACCGACCCUACAUUUCAAAAUUUGUCGGAACUCUUGUCGCUUUCCAGCUGUACGAGCAUUUCACUGAAAGCAUUCAAGUACAGUUCGAUCCCAUCAAGAGUAACAGCAACUUUGCAAAAAUCGCCAUAAACUCGAGCCUGGAUAACUGGAUGGAAGUAGUAAAGAAAUUCACUGACAACGAAAUCGAGGAGGUCUCUGCGAUUUCUCUGACGACCUUCUUUUCAGACUUGGAAAGUCUUACGGAUAAAGCAAAAUCUGAUUUCCCAAUACCAAUACAGAGACAGACUGAAUUUGAAAAUCAGGAGGCAAUAUAUCGUCAAAAAGCUCAUACUCCGACUACAACUACUACAACGACGACGACUACAACCACAACAACUACAACUCACAGCCCAAUCACUAAAAAUGGAAGGAAAGCUGAAUUACUCGUCGUUUCCAAAGCAGAGGAAGUUGCUUCCACAGAGGCUACGAAAGCUAAAAUAUACACCUUGAAAGUCCCUAAAACCAUAACUACUGAAGAAACGGAACCAAAGCCUACAAACAAAGCAGUUUAUGCAGUAGGGUCCGUUCUUGUAGCGGCAGUUCUAGUCUGCAUUAUUGCCAUUUUUGGAAGGAGAAGAUGCACCAAAACGCCAAAGAAUAGGAGAUAUGUCUAACAGUAGCAUCAAGUUUUUGAGAUUUAAUAUUUAUUUCCUGCGAAAUGAUCACAACAAAAGAGUAGUGAUCCGAUAGUACUUCCUUUCAAUCAGAGAAGAAACAAAAAACAAUAUUCAAGUAUCAGUCUGCUAAUCUGCUUAAACAAAAUCACAAGUAGAGCUGUCCUCGUUGAAAGAAAGAGUAAAGUAAACUACUUACUAAACUAAACGGGUAAUAGCUCCAUUAUUCUACAAAAAAAAUGUUGUGGUUCACCACCAGAUCAGUGUCCUUUUGAAAAUUCCUACGUCGUAAACUACGUGGAAAACUACUUAAGUUACUACAUCGGAAACUACGAAGUAGUUGAUGAAAUUGCGUGUCUUAAAACAAAAAUGUGGUGUAAAUAGUUGUUUUUUUACUUAUUAAAAAGAACCUUUAAUUUCAGAAAGAGUUUCUACUAAUCUGUAAACAUAAUCAUCAAAUUCAUAAACGUAAUCAUUAUCGAAACAGUUUUCUGAAAAAUUAGUUAAUUACUUCAUUGCAAAUAGUCGAAAUAGAAAAUUGUGCGUAUUUGGAGGGAAAUAGGAAACUUGUGAAAAAAUAGAAAACUAGAAAAAAUAGAAAAAUAGAACUUCGAGUUCGUAGACCAUGACGCGCUUCUGGCAUGGCACACUAGAUUAAACAGUUCUGCCGCUUAGUUUGUACUUUUGCUAUAUUCACUUCGGACCACUUAUUUUAAAUAAUUCACUUUUCACUAAGUUAUUUAGGUUAUUUAUGUACAAAACUCUGAGCGACAGCCUUGAAAUCAAGAAUGAAUACUGCGCCAUGGAGAAUAGAGAUAAAGAGAGCGAAGUAGUGUAACAGAAAAUUAGCAGAUUUUUUUUGUAUAAUAACAAAUACAAUUCAUCCCGUGCGCGGCGCUAGUGUGGCCCAUAUAAAUGGCCGUCGGCUAUGUUGACAUGUUGUCAAAAAACACAUUAACGAAAAUGGCGGUAAUUUUUGCGUCUUAUAAACUCUGCGAUCGACAUGUCAAAUUAUGGCGGCCAUAUUCCUCUCUUGUUUCGCGUUUUAUUCGUUGAAGGAGAGCCCACAAUAGGAUUUGAGGAACCGACAUAGCAUUGACUUGACGUAGAAUUGAUAUAUCAGUAGCGUGGACGUGGUGCGCGCGCAAGUAUUGCUCACUGUUUACUGCUAUGCGUCGUUCCCGUUCCGCUAUUCCAGAGAAUCAAGGUGAUUUUUUAACGACUCAUUUUUUAAUUUCUUGGAUUUCAUCGAAAAAAUCAAAACGUGAGUCGACAAUUUUAAUCUUGAUUCUCCGGAACAGCGGAGCGCGAACGACGCAUAACAAUAAACAGUUGGCAAUAUAUGCGCGCGCAUCGCGUCCACGUUAUUGCUAUGUCAAUUCUACAAGGCUACGCCGGUUCAUCAAAUCCUAUUGUGGACUCUCCUUGAAUGGCCAAAAUAAUAUGGCUGCAAAUAUAGUUAAAGAUUUUAAAGGUCACUGUUCUUUUUUUAAGUUUUUGUUUGGAAUAACCUAGUGAAAAGUGAAUUUAUUAAAAUAAUCACUACUUUUUCAUUUGUCACAAGUUCCAUCAAAAUGAGUAUAAAUUUUAAUUUUGAACAAUUCAAAUAUUUGAUAAACUAAACUUUGAGGAAAUCUUAAAUUUGAAUAAUAUCUCAGUAAAGUGAAAACCAAUUUAUGCAGAAAACUAAAUGGUUUUAUGUAUAUUUCUGUGCCUUAUUUAUGUUUCUAAGAACUUUAUUUCUGAAAUUUGAAAACCUUUUUCAAUAAUAAACAAACUUUUUACAACAAACGUUUUACCACGUCCCGUCGUAGUAAAAUACGUCAGGAACGGCGUCGUAUUGGAAAUGAUGUAGUAACUACAUCAUUUCCAAUCCUAAUUCCAGAAGUACUUUACAAUGUAGGAAUUUUGAAAAGGAUGAUUCGAAAGCAGACAAUUUGCCUGCUUCAGAGUAAGAAGGAGAUGUUUCCACAUGCCAAAUGUGUUACGCUUUUAAUCAAAGCGUUUUUUAAGAUACCUCAUUUUUUUAAAGUAAGGCUCAGUUUAACAAAGCACACCAAAAACAAAGUGACUAUAGUGGAAGAAGCUUCAGCUAGAGCUUUUGUCAAUCCAGUGACGAUUUUGAUAUACAUUCCUUUGUUAAAAAUGAGAGUAUCCAGUGUUUAGCUUAUACACAGCAUUCUGGGACGCUCUAAUUUAAAAUCCAAGGUUCGAUUUUAAUGUUUGGUCUCGAUGACAGGGUUUUCUACUGAUUAAUUCGGAAGUUCGCCAUUCGAUUUGAAGAAUGAGGACUUGGAAAAAAGAAUAAAAACCGCUGGUUGGUUAUCCUUGGCUGAUUUGUAAAUAAAUAAGUUGCCAGUGGCGAAUACAGUAUUUCGAGCAUACUGUUCGUUGUCUCGUGUAUAAUAUCAUGUUUUUUAUUUAAAAGCGAUAAUACGAAUUCAGAAAAAUAAUUUUUCAAAAGAAAAAUGUCUUUAGAGUCUGUAUUGUGAAAUGGUGCUCAACCCAUCACACAAAUGAUACGAAUGAAAAUUAGCAAUUAAGAAACUUGUUUAAUCGUCUCUAAACUUCGGCAGUUUAAUUUCUUAUACGAGCUCCUCGAUUGCGAAUAAUAAAAUAACUUGCCAAGCUAAUUUCGAUAAUAAAUUAGAUAGCAUCGAUCGUGUGCAAGAUGGGAUUUUGAUAUAAGUUUUAUGUAAAAUUUUCUAGUGAAAUGUAACUUGACUACUUAUUGUAAGCCGACGUUUUUCGAGUCACGGUGCUGAUCCGUGUGUUUUUGUAAAUAGUUCAUUAGCUCUCGUAUUUAGAGGGUAGUAUAGAUUUACUAUUUUUUUUGUGAGUAGAUUUAGUGCUUGUAACGUAAUAUUUUUCUAGUGGUGUAUUUGACAGUGCGAGUUCUGUGUAUGGGAUAUUCAUUGAUCGUGAGUUCUGUAACUUUGUAAGAUUUAUAUUUUUUAUAAAAUUAUUUAUUCUGUACCUCAUAUGAGAACAAUAAAACUUCAAAGUGGUACCAAGAAA